AUGCCCGCGACAUUAUUGAUGCGGUGGCCUGCUACGCCGAAAAAGGUGACAAUAGCACAAAGGGGUACCAGUGGCCGUCUCGGGUCUCGAGUACUACGACAGAUUCUGGAGGAGAAGUUGAUGCCGGCAACGGAUCUCAUCAUCUCGUCUUCCAAUCCUGAUCGCGCCCCGGCCAUCGCCAAAGCGUACGGCAUUGAGGGCCAUCGAGGCGACUACACUGACACAGCGUCGCUAAAGUCUUCCUUUGCUGGCGGCGACGUGUUGUUUCUUGUUUCUCACACUGAUCCCGGCAUUCAGCGGGUCGAGUUCCACAAGAACGCGAUCGAAACGGCUCGAGCUGCGGGUGUCAGAACAAUCAUCUACACGAGCAUGAUGUUCGGUGGUGAGACGGGCUUGAAGAGCGUCAUCGGCACCCAGCAGGGUCACAUUCACACAGCCAACUACUUGGCGAAAUGCGGUAUGGACUACGUGAUUGUCCGAGAAGGUCUGUACGCACAGGCCUGGGGAUACUAUACCGGGUUUCAACAGGGGGUGUUCAAAAAGGGAGACACGCAGCCUCUGGAAUGGGUCGUCCCCAAUGAAGCGGCUAUUUCGUGGGUCGACAUCGAUGAUCUAGCUGAGGGCAACGCCGUUAUUCUGGCCAACUACGGAAAAUACAUCGGCCAGACGCUGCGAUUUGACGGGGUCCCGAGCAACGUCGGCGAGCGAGAUCGCCAAGCUCGUGGAACAGAGGACCGGCCGCAGGGUGGAUCUUCGGUUCGUGUGGAGGCAGCAAGCCGUCAAGUAUCACAAGGAGCAUGA